AUGCCGCCGCAGCAGGAGGGCGAGGCGGGCUACAUCAGCAAGCCGGUGCCGGGCGGCUGCGAGGUGCCGCCGGUGCCGCCGCGCCGGGUGCGCAGCGGCCGGGCGGCGGCGGCGCUGGGGGCGGCGCUGGGCGGCCGGUGCCGGGCGGCGGGAGCCGGCGCCGGGGCGGCGGCGAGCGGCGGCGCAGGGGCCGCGGCCGCGGCCGAACCGCGGCGCAGCAUCAAGUGCGUGCUGGUGGGGGACGGCGCCGUGGGCAAGACCAGCCUGGUGGUGAGCUACACCACCAACGGCUACCCCACCGAGUACAUCCCCACCGCCUUCGACAACUUCUCCGCUGUCGUGUCUGUCGACGGCAAGCCAGUGAGACUGCAGCUCUGCGACACAGCUGGUCAGGAUGAAUUUGACAAGCUUCGGCCUCUGUGCUACACCAAUACGGACAUCUUCUUGCUGUGCUUCAGCGUCGUGAGCCCUUCCUCCUUCCAGAACGUGAGUGAAAAGUGGGUUCCUGAAAUCCGAUGCCACUGCCCCAAAGCGCCUAUCAUCCUGGUUGGGACGCAGUCCGACCUCCGAGAGGAUGUCAAAGUUCUCAUCGAGCUGGACAAGUGCAAAGAAAAGCCAGUCUCAGAGGAGGCUGCGAAGCUCUGUGCCGAGGAAAUAAAAGCUGCAUCCUACAUCGAGUGCUCUGCCUUGACUCAGAAAAACCUCAAGGAGGUCUUUGAUGCGGCCAUUGUGGCUGGUAUUCAGUAUUCGGAUACCCAGCAGCAACCAAAGAAAUCAAAGUGUAGGACUCCAGACAAGAUGAAAAACCUCUCAAAAUCUUGGUGGAAAAAAUACUGCUGUUUUGUAUAGGAGUUGCAAAGACCCAAGUGCUGCUCUGAGGAAAUCAAAUAGAGGCUAUAUUAGCUGAAAUCUCAUUCUGUGUUGUCCCGAGUGUAUAGUGUAGAUCUGUAUGUAUAUGUAUAUGUUGCUAUUGGAUAUCUUAGUUGCCCUUUUGAGGGUGACAGAAGGAAAGGAUUCUUAGUUGAAUAAUUACUAUAAAUCGGGUCUGGCGUCAAGUUUCAUGACUAAAAUCUUUCAUUAAGGAAGAAAUGCACCAUGUGUCUGUGAGGUUAGAAGGAUUUGUACAACGGAUUUGACUUCUUGUGCCAUAAUGCAUAUGCGAUGGGGAGGAACAACUCAAAGGCAUUUGCUGCGAGGGCUACAAAGGAGAAACGUGUGGGUGACUGGAAAUGUAGAGCUCUGUACAUGGACGGUUAAAGGGAAAAAUAACACUGUGCCUCCUAACUGACAUUUUUAGCUUUAAAAACCUGCUCCUGCUCUCUUCUCCAUGUCUUCCCAAAGCAAUAUUCUUAGAGAUCGCUUUAAAAAGGGUGUGCAAGAGGUCUAAUCUAUGUGCAAAUGCCGUAGUUGGAAAGGUCAUGCAUAUACCUCCAAUAUGCUGUUAGGGAACCUAAUACGUUACGGAACUGACAUCUCAUUUGUCACCUCCUGACUUGAAAAUCGUUCUACCUUCUUUCCCCCAUCCUUCCCUGGCAGUUGUAUGGAAGCCCAAGGAACAUGACUAAGCUUUAACUCAUUGCUUCGAAUAGUGGUGAGUUCCUUUGUAUUUAUACAGAUAUGACGAUAGUUCAUAUAUUUCAGCUGAAAGGAAUGUAAAUGUUGUUGUGUUGAGUUUUUAAAUUUUCUUUUCAGAGUUGUAACAAAUAUCCGUGCAGCACCAUGUAAACUGUAUCCGUUCUUUAAGUCUGCAACCAAGAGUUUCAGAACACCCCUCCUCACCUUUUGAGGCUGCUAAACAAAUCAUGAAUCAGGCAGAUAAAGAUUAUAACCAGCUGGACUCUAGAAACUGAGACUGUUUGUGUCCUCUUCAUGAUGCUGUUUUCAACCGAGUUAGUAUUUCCCUUCUAAAGGCAACAGUUGCUUGUCGUUGAAUCUUGUCCAAGAUCAUACUCUGGGAACUGGCUGAGGCCACUCUGGAAAGCUAACUGAUAAUUCCUUCCCAGAUCAGUCCAACAAAUUAAAGUGAAAUGUGCCCAAAAGGUUGCUGAGUGAUUAACACAAUGUGGAGUUGAGUGUGACCUGCUCUCUGACUAAAUCUGGUUCCUGCUAAACUAAGCCUAAUUCCAGCCCCCUUGGGCUCAGGAGACCUUUGGGGUAACGUGACUCUCUGCAGGUAUCAGUACUUUAACUUAUUCUGCAGAAAACACUUAGUUUGUGUUGUCUGUCUAUCUUUUCAUGGCCCUGACUACUUUUUUCCUAGGUAUUUCAAGAUCAAAUUAUUUUCUGGCUUUCUUUCUUUCUUUCUUUUUUCUUUCUUUCUUUCUUUCUUUUUUUUUUUCAUGUGACUAUAGCCUUCAAGUGACCUUUUUCAUAGUCUUAAACUAAACUGCAGUGACAGAAAAUCUGAACCUUUUUCAUCAGAAAUGAAUCAAUGCCUGAUACAAAGAGGAACUGUGGAAGCCAUUAGAAUUGAUAAAGCUAACCACAGUUUACCUUCUGGCCCAUUAAGGAAAAUGACACUAUGUAAAUGGAUUCUGGGAUACAUUGGCAAGCUCCGUAAGCAAUAUUUUUUCCUCCUCUAUAGCAAAAUGAGUGCAGAAUGCUAACAUUCCAGCACUGAAAAAUUUGAAGUGGAAUGGAAAUCUUUACAUAGAGUUUGAUUCAAUAAAAAUGUGUUGGCUUCUGCAUUGGAACAGCCUGGAAAAGCAGAUUCUAUAGCACAGAAGCUGAAUGCCUUUAAUUUGGUUGCAUCUGGUUCAUAAUAAUUUAAUGUUUACUAGUCAUGAAGUUAACGUCUGAGCCUUUAUAUUUUCUACUCUAAUGUUUGACUGGAUUUCAGAUAUACAGUCAUCUUGGGGAAAACCAUUAAGCCAAAUUUCUCAUGGGUGUUUUGCUUCUUUGUAAAGUGGUCUCAGUUGAUCUAAAAUGUGGAUUUUGGAAGGGGAAAGACUUGAAUCUGAGCAGCUCCUACUUGCAAGAAUAACAGAAUUUGUUCUACAAGAUCAGAAUGCUUUGUAUCAUGCCAUACUGGAAACAGUAGGUUAUAUUUUAUAAGCAGCCUGUUUCAUAGUCUGGAGUAGCGUUACUUUUAAAUGUAGCCAGCUGUGACUAUUUCUGAAAAUGUGAUGUACAUACAACUUGUUAUAGCCCUUUACUAGGUGUAUGUAAACUGAGGUCUAAUAACUUUAUGAAUACUGCUCUACAUGGGGCUACACAGGGUCUAGGUUUUAGAAUAUUACUUUUAAAAUCACCAGUAUUUUAUGAGCGCAAGUGAGGGGGAAGUGUCUCUAUGUAGUCUAUAAUCUGAUGUGCCUUAUAAAAUUCUCUUCUAAGUGUAGGCUAUAUUCUGAAAGAAAUAUUUCAUGUGCAAAUGAUAUAAAUGAGGUAUUUGGAAAUAAAUUCUGAUCUGCAUA